AUGGAGCUGUUCCAGAGUAAGAAGCUCAUUGUUUCAGCUUCAUCUUUGUUGGAUAAGAUCAACCCUUUCACUGCAACUGAUGAAGCCAUUUCCAACCACAUCAUCGGAAUCCAUGACUCGCAGGCCCCCAAGUACGAUGUCGGUUCUCUUUACAAUGUUGUCUCCAACAUCGUCAAGAGCUCCACUCACAUCGGCACCUCCCUCGAUCUCAAGCGUCCCAAAGCUGUUGAACUUGUGGAAGACAAGGUUCCACAGUCCAGUUUCAUGCCACCUUUCAGUACCCUCAAAGAAAUCGCUUGUCAGAUGACAUGCAAGCCUUUUGAGAAAUCUACGGCACACCAAACAGCGGUGGGAAUUUUGGAGAAGCUUAAAAGCUACACAUGGGACGCAAAGGCAGUGAUAGCUCUCUCGGCUUUUGCUUUGGACUUUGGCGAAACUUGGCGUCUCGCUCUCAUGGAACGUACCGAGCAAAAUGCUCUUGAACUCCAUAUCUUCAGGCUUGGAGACGAACCCAAGCCUAGCAAGAACAACUUAGACCUCAUUAACACGGAUUUCAACAUUGGAGAAGAAAAUCGCUGA